AAUCAUCAUCAUCAUCUUCAUCAUCAUCAUCAUGGGUUGACAACACAUAUAAAUACACCCCCCUUGUGAUUCACGGGAGGAAAUCAUCUCAUCAUCUCUGGAGCAUUGAUUUGAAGCCUCCCAGGAGUCCUAGGUCCCGGGACACAUUAAUUUCACACACAGUACACAGUUUUGCAUCUAUGGAAAAUAAUGAAGUUGACAUAGAAAAUUCCACGGUGGCCAAUUCGGAGACAGACGAUGGCCGGACGGAGGAUUACGACGACGACGACGCCGCCGCGGCAGGGAUUCUCCGAGAACCCCUGCUUCAUUCCAAGAGCAGAGUCAACAACACCUCGCAGAUUGCCAUUAUCGGAGCCAACAUUUGCCCAAUCGAAAGUCUCGAUUACGAGAUUCUUGAAAAUGACCUGAUUAAGCAGGAUUGGAGGUCAAGGAAGAAGGUUCAGAUAUUCCAAUACAUAUUUCUCAAAUGGACACUUGCAUUUCUCAUUGGAUUGCUCACAGGGCUUGUUGCCUUCUUCAACAACCUCGCGGUGGAGAAUAUUGCUGGUUUCAAACUUGUGCUUAGUAACGACUUAAUGCUCAAGGGGAAGUAUUUUUGGGCUUUUGCUACAUUAUCUGGUUGCAAUCUUGUUCUAGCUGUUUGUGCUGGAGCCCUAUGUGCAUUUGUUUCACCUGCAGCUGCUGGAUCCGGUAUUCCUGAAGUUAAAGCAUACCUCAAUGGUGUGGAUGCUCAUUCCAUUUUGGCUCCAAGUACUCUUUUUGUCAAGAUUUUUGGCUCCAUAUUUGGGGUUGCUGCUGGAUUUGUUGUGGGAAAAGAAGGGCCCAUGGUUCACACAGGUGCUUGCAUUGCAAACUUGCUUGGACAGGGAGGUUCUCGUAAGUAUCACUUGACAUGGAAAUGGUUGAGACUCUUCAAAAAUGACCGAGAUCGUAGGGAUUUGAUCACCUGUGGAGCUGCUGCUGGUGUGGCAGGUGCCUUCCGUGCCCCAGUUGGAGGUGUCCUUUUUGCCCUUGAAGAAGCUGCCUCAUGGUGGCGGAGCGCACUUCUUUGGAGGACUUUCUUCACAACUGCUGUGGUGGCUGUUGUUCUCAGAUCUUUUAUGCAAUUUUGCCGGUCUGGGAAAUGUGGACUAUUUGGGCAAGGAGGUCUGAUCAUGUUCGAUACUAACUCAACAGUGCCUAACUAUAACACAGCAGAUCUUCUGGCAGUUAUAUUAAUUGGAGUCCUGGGUGGUAUUUUGGGGAGUCUAUACAACUAUCUUGUUGACAAGGUUCUUCGAGUAUACAGCAUCAUCAAUGAAAGAGGUCCAAGCUUCAAAAUAUUGCUUGUCAUGACGAUUUCAAUCUUGACUUCUUGUUGCUCCUUUGGACUUCCUUGGUUGGCAUGGUGCAUACCUUGUCCUCCAGGUUCAGAGGGGGAAUGCCCUACCAAAGGUCGAUCUGGGAACUACAAGAAUUUUCAGUGUCCAGCUGGACACUACAAUGACCUGGCUUCCCUCUUUCUCAACACCAAUGAUGAUGCCAUACGCAAUUUGUUCAGUCCGCGUGACGAGGGUGAAUUUCUCAUCUCAACUCUUUUUGUAUUUUUUGCCGGGGUUUACUUCCUCGGUAUAGUCACUUAUGGGAUUGCCGUUCCAUCUGGACUCUUCAUUCCUGUCAUUCUAGCUGGGGCCUCAUACGGCCGUCUUGUUGGGACCUUCUUAAGUUCUGUCUCCAACCUUGGUGCCAGUCUCUUUGCACUCCUUGGUUCUGCCUCCUUUCUUGGUGGGACCAUGAGGAUGACGGUGUCACUGUGUGUCAUCCUCCUUGAACUCACAAAUGAUCUCCUAAUGCUCCCACUCAUGAUGCUCGUUCUGCUCAUAUCAAAGACAGUGGCAGAUUGCUUCAACAAAGGUGUCUAUGACCAAAUCGUCAAGAUGAAGGGUCUUCCUUUCAUGGAAGCCCAUGCUGAGCCCUACAUGAAACACUUGGUUGCAGGGGAUGUUUGCUCCGGACCCUUAAUCACCUUUUCUGGUGUCGAGAAAGUGGGAAACAUCUUACAUGCUUUGACGCUGACUAGGCACAACGGUUUUCCCGUGAUCGACGAGCCACCAUUCUCAGAAACACCAGAACUUUGCGGGCUUGUUUUGAGGUCACAUCUGCUAGUUUUGCUGAACGGUAAGAAGUUCUCCAAGCGGCAGGUGUUGAUGGGAUCCCAAAUUUUGAAGAGGUUUCAUGUGUUUGAUUAUGCAAAGCCAGGGUUAGGAAAGGGGCUUAGACUCGAGGAUUUGGAUAUCGCGGAGGAGGAGUUGGAGAUGUACGUUGAUCUCCAUCCUAUAACGAAUACGUCUCCGUACACUGUAGUGGAGACGAUGUCUCUCGCCAAAGCUGCAAUACUCUUCCGGGAGCUCGGUCUUAGACACUUAUGCGUCGUCCCAAAGCGACUCGGGAGACCACCGAUUGUUGGAAUCUUGACGCGCCAUGAUUUCAUGCGGGAACAUAUAUUGGCACUCUACCCUCACAUCGAUCCACACCAGUGACUCUCACACUCAGCUAAUAUGAGUCUCCUGCAUUACCAAAGAUACCCUCAUACAUUAAAGCUUCAAACAUAUUCUCUCAUCUCAAACUUUUUUCUAAAUCCAUUAUUUGGUUAUUUAUUUAUUUAUAUAACAUUGUGUUCGCGUUUGCACGGAACAUAAUGAGUCUAUCCAUGGGGUUCUGGAUGCAAUUUGGGGACACCAUGUCCUCCAAGUAGCGCUCAAUCCAGCGUUCGAAAAACCAAAUCCGAUCUCAUGGUCCGACAUUUGAAUAGUGAUUUCUCCCCAGGCAACAUCAUAUCUAUCUAUAUACAUCAUACAUGUCCGGAUUUCAGUGAAAAAGAACACAGGGGUUAUUCGUUUGAGCUGUUUGUAGACUGUAGUAUUAGUUUUCUGUUGUUGGAACAGCUCUUGAAUUCUUUUUUGGUAUUUGGGUGUUCAUUUGAACUGUUUCUACUGUGAUGUACUACGUAAUGCGGAGUAUUACUUACUGUAUAAGUGUAGAAAAAAUAAGUGUUGUUUUUAGAAAUAUUAGUGAAUUUUGUGUGUUUUUCUUUGUUUGGUUUGUGAUCCUUGCAUUUCUCAUAAAAGAGCCACUCUUAU